AUGGAAGGUAAGAUCCAAGCUCUUCUCUCCACACUUCUAGUUGUGACUUUGUGUGCCACUACUUUAGUGAAGCCGGGGCUUGCUCAACUUCCUACCAUUCCUGGCUCCCCAAUUGAUCUCGCGAAAUGCUGGUCAUCGCUCCUUAAGAUUCAAGGUUGCGAAAUCGAAAUCUUAAAAUCUGCUUUAACCGGUAAGUUUCAAAACGUUGGACCAACAUGCUGCAAGGCGUUUGUGGAAAUCGAUGCAAAGUGUUGGCCAAAAAUGUUUCCAUUGAAUCCAUUCUUCCCUCCUCUUCUCAAGAAUAUGUGCUCUCGCAUCAACGCAGCUGCACCCGCACACACGAAACCACAAUUCCCUGGUUCUCCCAUCGAUCUCACAAAAUGUCUGUCAUCACUUGUCAACGUUGAAGGUUGCUUAAGUGAAAUCUACAAAUCAGUUUUCACAAGAAAGUUUGGUAAUGUCGGACCAAUGUGUUGCAAGGCGUUCUCAGCUGUUGAUGCCAAAUGCUGGCCACGAAUUUUUCCGCUAAAUCCGUUCUUUCCUCCUCUUCUUAAAAGUAAAUGUUCUCGCAUCAAUGCAGCCGCUCCUACACACAAGUGA